UAGUGGUUUAGGCGGGGGUGGGUAGGUUGACUUUAGAACUAAAAACGUCAACGUCUCUUCUGGUUCCCACUCGGCGUCUACUUUUCUCUCUCUCUCUCUGUCUUGUUGUUGCCUGUUGGUUUUUUGAGUUUGUAACUCGAUGGCAAGGAAGAAGAUCAGAGAGUACGACUCCAAGAGACUUAUCAAGGAACACUUGAAACGUCUCGCUAACAUCAACCUCCAAACCCGCUCUGCUCAGGUGACAGAAGCUACGGAUUUCAAUGAGUUGACCAACCAGGAGGCAUGGCUAUCUUCAACAAAGCUAGUUGUGAAGCCUGAUAUGCUGUUUGGAAAACGCGGGAAAAGCGGGUUGGUAGCUCUCAAGCUGGAUCUUGCUGAAGUUGCAGAGUUUGUCAAAGCCCGUCUCGGCUCUGAGGUUGAGAUGGGUGGAUGUAAAGCUCCUAUAACUACAUUCAUUGUGGAGCCCUUUGUACCUCAUGAUCAAGAGUACUAUCUUUCUAUAGUGUCUGAUAGGCUUGGCUGCACUAUAAGCUUCUCUGAAUGUGGUGGCAUUGAAAUUGAAGAGAACUGGGACAAGGUGAAGACUGUGUUUCUUCCUGCGGAAAAGUCAAUGACGCUUGAAGUAUGUGCUCCAUUGAUAGCAACCCUUCCUCUUGAGGUUAGAGGUAUAAUAGGCAGCUUCAUAAUGGGGGUGUUUGCUGUAUUUCAAGAUUUGGAUUUCAGUUUCAUGGAGAUGAAUCCGUUUACGCUAGUCGAUGGAGAGCCAUAUCCUUUGGACAUGAGGGGAGAGUUAGAUGACACAGCUGCCUUCAAAAAUUUCAACAAGUGGGGAGACAUUGAGUUCCCUCUGCCAUUUGGAAGGGUCCUGAGUCCUACUGAGAGCUUCAUCCAUGGUUUAGAUGAGAAGACAAGUGCGUCUUUGAAGUUCACUGUUUUGAAUCCUAAAGGUCGCAUUUGGACUAUGGUAGCUGGAGGCGGUGCUAGCGUCAUAUAUGCUGAUACGGUUGGAGAUUUAGGUUACGCAUCAGAGCUGGGGAACUACGCAGAGUAUAGUGGAGCACCUAAUGAGGAAGAGGUGUUACAAUACGCUAGAGUUGUCAUUGAUUGUGCUACUGCUGAUCCUGAUGGGCGCAAAAGAGCUCUUCUCAUUGGAGGUGGCAUUGCUAAUUUCACCGACGUGGCAGCUACUUUCAACGGUAUCAUCCGCGCUCUAAGAGAAAAGGAAACAAGACUAAAAGCAUCAAGAAUGCACAUAUACGUAAGAAGAGGUGGUCCAAAUUACCAGACUGGUUUGGCUAGAAUGCGUGCUCUGGGUGAUGAACUCGGUGUUCCUCUAGAGGUAUAUGGACCAGAAGCAACGAUGACAGGAAUAUGCAAGCGAGCCAUUGACUGCAUCAUGUUGCCUGAUGCAUGAUCAACCAAACCUAAGAUAUCUUCUCCAGUUGAAAACAGCAGACCACGAACUCGGAGCUGGACAUUUGGAAGUGUGUGUGUGUGUUGAUCCCUGUUCUUCGUAUCUCUUUCUGCAUAUGAAAAUGAAACGCUCUUUGAAACUUUUUAUUUUGUGAAUGUAUGAAUUUGAAAACCAGAUCAUUGUGUGUUGCCUGUGUAAAUUUGUAAUCAAACAGUCGAAAUCCUUUUCUGAAAUGUACAAAUAAUAUAUCACUGCUUUGA